AUGGAAGGUCAGAACAGAAGCAUUGGAUUUAUCCUUCUAGGAUUUACUGGCAACGUAGAGAUGCAAGGGGUGCUCUUUAUUUUAUUUUUCAUCAUGUAUACUAUGUCUCUGCUGGGGAAUGCCUUAAUAAGUAUCACAGUCAGGCUUGAUUCUGCUCUUCAUACACCAAUGUGCUAUUUUAUUGCCAGUCUCUCUUUAGUAGAUAUUUGUUAUACAUCUGUCACGGCCCCUAAGAUGCUGGUGAACUUUCUUUCUAAAGACAAAGCCAUCUCUUUCAUUGGCUGUGCUGCCCAACUGUAUUUCCUUCUCUUUCUGGGAACCACAGAAUGUUUUCUUCUAGCUGCCAUGGCAUAUGACCGCUUCUUGGCCAUCUGCAACCCUCUGCGCUAUUUGUCCAUCAUGAGUAAGCAGCUGUGUGUUUGGCUGGUGGCUGGGUCAUGGGUCAGUGGGAUGGUGCUCUCACUAGGACAGACAAGCUUGAUAUUUGCUCUCCCUUUCUGUGGGGACAACCGGCUCAACUAUUUCUUCUGUGAUAUCCCUCCACUUUUGGGGCUUGCUUGUGGAGAUAUAACCAUAAAUGAAAUCACUGUCUUUUUGGCUGGGAUGCUAAUUACUCUGAUUCCAUCUCUGCUGAUCCUUGGUUCCUAUAUACACAUAAUCAGCACAAUUCUGAAAAUCACAACUUCCAAGGGCAGGCAAAAAGCCUUCUCCACCUGUUCCUCACACCUCAUCAUCAUCAUUUUGUUCUAUGGGUCUGCAAGUACCAUGUAUCUAAGACCUCGGUCUAGCUACAGUCUCGAAAAUGAUAAAUUUCUAGCUCUGCUGUACUCCAUCAUCACCCCAACACUCAAUCCCAUCAUUUACAGUUUGAGAAGCAAGGAGAUAAAUGAUGCUCUGAGAAGGAUGUGUUCAAAAGGAUUUAAUUUCAACAUCUGA